AUGAAUCUUCCUGAAGAAGUGGUUGUUGAGAUACUCACAAAAUUACAACACCCUGAUAUUGGAAACUGUCGAUCCGUAAGCAAAAAGUUUCGUGGAAUUGUGACUAGAAACGCCAAAUACCUUCCACGAAAACCGAUCUCGGUGAAGAUUUUCAAAGGGAACGGGGAGACAUACAUAUGUAACUCUGAAAGAGGCAAAACUGAGAGAUUCGAUAAUUUUGACUGGGGGAAAUGGAAUACUGUGGCAGUGGAAAAUCUCACUUUCAAGAAUAUUUCCGCGGAUAACCAUCAAGCAUGUCACAUUCUUCAGAAAGUGAUUUUAGGCUUGAAGAAGACACGACAAUAUAAAAUCAGAACAUUCGUGAUGGAUUCAGUCAACGUCUGUUGUUUGUCCAAUUCCCAUAUUUCUGAGAUAUUUCGUCUUGUUGCAACGAGUUGUGAGAAAAUUUUAAUCAGUCACUGUGAUAUUCCGACCGCAUUUUCUCCAGAACAACUAUUUCACAAUAGAGAACUUACUCAUUAUCGAUGGCUGGAUUGUGGAACUGCUUCAGUGAGCAACACAAAUGAUGCCGUCCUGAAACGAUUUACAAUUGAUAUAAAAGAGUGUGCAACGAUGAAAUCGUUUCAUGGAGAAAUGGAUUGCACGACUGUUUCGACUGUUUGCGAUUUUAUAGAGGCAUGGUCUAUCUCUGUUACUGCCCCUUAUUUCAAUAUAACAUUGAGCGGAUGCGAUAAAACAUGGCGAUCAUCGUUCAAUGAAGAAUGUUCUAGAAGAAACAUUUCAAAUGUAUGCAUGGAAUUUGCAUCCAAUGCACUUAAAUCAGCACAUAUCAAAGUUGUAUUUGUAGAAGAAGCUCAAUUGUGUCGUAUGUGGCCAAUUUUUGAUCUCCCAGCACGAAAUGCUCCUGGUAUUUGCUAUUCUAGAUAUUACAGAGAUUUUUGA